AGUAGGACCUACUUUUUAGAUACGAAAAAAGUAUUACAAAUGCCUGCUACAAAAAAAAAAGAUAACCGUCAAAAGAGAAAAACAAUUGAUGAAUCAAUUAAAUCACCAGAAAAAUAUGCCAAAAAAGAUGAUAAAUUAGUUCAAAAAGUUGGUCACAUUUUAACAUUAGGCCAAGGGGAUGUUGGACAGUUAGGUCUUGGAGAAAAUGUUUUAGAAAGAAAAAGACCAGCAAUGAUUAAAGAGGUAGAAGGUGUAAACUUCAUCCAAGUUACUUGUGGAGGUAUGCAUACAAUUGGAGUCUCUGAACAUGGGGAGGUAUACUCAUGGGGGUGCAACGAUGAUGGAGCUCUGGGUAGACCUACUGAAGGAACUGACGGUGAAGAAUUUAUUCCACGCAAAGUAUUGUUACCGCAGGGUAUUCGUGUUGUGUAUGCAUCUGCUGGUGAUAGUCAUUCAGCUGCUCUUACGGAUGACGGACGAGUUUUUGCAUGGGGAGCUUACAGAGACGCGAGUGGACAAAUUGGCUUAACGGCAGCGUCUAUUGGCAAAAAAAAUGAAGUUAUUAAGAUUUACCCUAAAGGCGACCAAAUAGAUGAUCCUGCAGUAAAAGUGGUUUCUGGAAACGAUCAUACAGUUAUCUUAACAUCUGAGGGACUGAUAUAUACAAGCGGAACUGGUGAACAGGGGCAGCUCGGAAGAAUAAAAGAAUGUUUUGGUCACCGUGGUGGACGUCGUGGUCUCGAAAUCAUACUUUCACCCCAAGUAGUUCGCUUCAGAAAAAAACAAUUUUUUUCUGAUAUUUUUGCAGGCAGUUUUUGUACAUUUGCCUUGAGUCGCGAUACUAAUGACGUAUACGCGUGGGGGUUAAAUAAUUACGGACAACUUGGAUCUGGAACAACUGAGAACUUUUUUAAUCCUGAAGUUAUUCAAUCUUUAAGUGAAAUUCGAGAACAUGCUAAUGGCUAUCUACAAAUACAUGGGGGGCAACAUCACAGUAUUGUAGCUGAUGGAAAUGGAAAAACUUAUUCUAUCGGUCGUUCAGAAUACGGACGAUUAGGAUUAGGAAAAGAUGCUAAGGAGACUUCUCUACCAAAAAAAAUUGAUUCACUUGAAAAAGAAAAUGUUGUUAAAAUUGCAUGUGGUGAAGCCGUUAGCUUUGCUGUUACCGACAAAGGACAUUUAUACUCUUGGGGUUUAGGUACAAGUUUACAAUUAGGAGUUGGCGACGAUGAAGAUAUUUUUGAUCCAUCGCUUGUUCAAUCAAAUAACUUAACACUAGCACAAGACGAGGUACUUGCCGUGUCUGCGGGUGGACAGCAUACCGCUAUAUUGGUCCGGAAAAGAGAAUCCAAAGACACGUUAUAAACGGUUAUAGUCUUUUAAAAUUGCUGUAAUUAAGUGUGAUAUCCCCUACUUCAGGGUCUAACCAUACUCUUCGA